ACGAGGGCUUCACGCCAUCAGCGCCAGCAGGAGCCUCAGCCCGCCGCCGCCGCCGUGAACGCGCCUCGACGUUCCGUGCGCACGAGCAGCCCUGUUUGUUUGUGUUGAGAGAUUGGAAAUGGCGGAGAGCAGAGACCGAAGCGAUAACUUGGCUUUGCAAACGCGAGUGCGCCGUCAUUGAAACGCGGAUACCCCCCACGAGUGAUCCACGGAGCCGCCGACGGUCUGCCGCCACCGAUGGGACACGAGUCGGCCGCGGCGGAAGAGGGAUUUGUGGAACAAGGUCCGAUCUAGCGAGCUGCUUAGCCCGCUAAGCUAGCCGUGCUAGCAGCCUGGCGUUAGCUCGCCCCGAGUCGUGUGUUUGAUUUCAGCUACGCAGGCUUGUUUGUCAACACAAGCUGACGUUAAAUUGAUAGCGAGCCAAGCUGACACGCAACUUUUUUCGCCCCGGUUUCCGAGCUGAACCCCGCCUGGGUUUGCAACAUGGUCGCCUCGGCUCACCGCAAAAUCAAACAUCCGAAGUAACCGUGGAUGAAAUAAAACUAAUAAAGACGUCUGACGCGAGUUAACCUGGUAUGCUAAAGUUAGCCGACUGCACGGGGAUUUAAUCAUCCAACGUGACAACUUCCACAGGACCUCGUGUGCGGGAUCUUUAUCCACACGUCGGGACGGACGACGAAAAGCAGUCAGAGGCCAACCGGCUUCUCCCUCCACCUGAGAUGUUGCCAUGUGACUGAGCGGCCGUGGAGCCAUAAGCCCCACCACCACCACUGCUCCAUCAUCUCCGCUCCAAGCUGUUUGCCCAGCGCUGAGAUCUCGUCCCCCCCUCCCAACCCCAGUCUCCCCUUCCUCCCUUUAUCUUUGCUCUGAGCCCUGGACAAGGCCAACCACAUCCAACCACAUGACUCACCCACUGGAGCCCUAGAUCAAGUCAGUUAAAGCUGAAAAUGAGUGCAGUAGGGGAAAACCCCCUGGACCCUGCCACGCCAGAGUCACGCAAGAGGAAGGGCUCACCAUGUGACACAUCAGGGCAAAGUGUGGAGAAGCGGAGACGGGAGCUGGAGUGCCGCUACAUCGAGGAGCUGGCUGAGCUGCUGUCAUCCAACAUGGGCGACAUUGCCAGUCUCAGUGUCAAGCCCGACAAGUGCCACAUCCUCAAGAGUACGGUGGACCAAAUCCAGCAGUUGAAACGGCGUAAGCAGGAGAAAGCAGCUCUUCUGUCUCCAGAUGAUGAGGUGCAGAAGAGCGACAUCUCCUCCAGUAGCCAGGGGCUGGUGGAGAAAGAGGCGCUGGGUCCCAUGCUGCUUGAGGCCCUUGAUGGGUUCUUCUUCGUCGUCAACCGGGAGGGCCGCAUUGUCUUUGUUUCGGAGAACGUGACGAGUUACCUCGGAUACGGCCAGGGGGAGCUGAUGACCUCCAGUGUCUACAGCAUUCUCCAUGUGGGAGACCACAAUGAAUUUGUUCGCAAUCUGCUGCCCAAAAGCCUGGUAAACGGCGUGCCGUGGCCACAGGAACCUGGACGAAGGAACAGCCACACCUUUAACUGUCGCAUGCUGAAGAGGCCGCCGGACGAGCUGGAUUCAGAAAAUCCGGAGGCCCGGCAGCAAUAUGAGAUCAUGCAGUGUUUCACCGUGUCCCAACCACGAACCAUGCAGGAGGAGGGAGAAGACCUGCAGAGCUGCCUGAUCUGUAUUGCCUGUCGGAUACCUCGCGCCCAGCCUUUCAGCACUGAGUCUUUCAUCACGAAGCAGGACCCCACAGGGAAGAUCAUCUCUAUAGAAACCAGUGCUUUGCGGGCGACAGGCCGGCCUGGCUGGGAGGACCUGGUCAGGAAGUGCAUUUACGCCUUCUUUCAGACGCAGGGCAAAGAGCCCUCCCACGCCAAGAAGCUGCUGCAUGAGGUGAUGACCCACGGCACCGCCAUCAGCCCGUUGUACCAUUUCAUGUUAAGUGAUGGCACCCCGCUCAGCGCUCAGACCCGCUGCAAGUUCUGCUGCCCACCCAACCCUGACGUUCAGCCCUUCAUUAUGGGCAUUCACACUAUUGACAGGGAACACAACACUGCUAGCUCUCAGGAAAACACUAACCCCAGCCUUCCACCGACCCUUGGCAGUCUUGCCCAGGCUCCCUCCCGCUCCCCUUCCCUUCCUCCCGGCAGCAACUGGACCCAAGGCUCAGGCCUCUCCACCUCGGGCCUUCACCCCAACAACACCAACACCUCCCCCCACGGACAAAAUCCAGCCACACCCACAGGCUACCUGACACCCAAUCGGACCUGUACCCAGCAGGUCAACAGCCCCUCCCCCUUGAGCAGCCCACUCACAGCCACCCCUACCUCUUUUAUGUCACCCAGGAUGCAACGAGCCAGUCCUGGGUCAGGUGGCAGCCCUCGGGUACCUGGGAACCCCUUCUCUCCUUCCACACCAGGCCUCCACUCCCCAGCCGGGGAACUGAGUAGUGGAGGCAGCCUCAACAGGCAGCAGUCUGGUGGUGAUGGUGGUAGCGGCGCCAGCGGUGGGUCAACGGGGUCCUUCUCCCUGUCCUCUCCUGUCCUUCAGAGACAAGCCAGUACACCCACCGAUCCCUCUACUCGGCCGCCAUCUGCAAAACCGCCAGAGGGAGGAGAAGGAGGGGGAGAGGACUCUGCUAAAGUACCUCUUCCUUCUGCCUCACAGCUGGGUAACCCCAGACUCAAUCAGCUCCUGGAAAGCAAUGGGACAGGAGUUGAGUCCAACAACAACAGAAUCCACUGCACCUCAUCACCUCAUCCUCCAAACCCUCAUCCUGCCCCUCAGUGCCCUGCCGCUCACAGUACUCUGACACAGCGGCAUAAGAUCCUGCACCGGCUGCUCCAGGACACCAGUCCCAGCGAUGCCUCGAACACCACCGAGGAAGGACUAAACAAAAACGACGUUGAGAUCAAGAGGGAGCCGCCUGCUAGUCCGGCUCUGACCGCAGCACCUCCAAAGUCCAGCUCCAGAGAGCCACAGGACCAUCAACUACUCCGAUUUCUCCUGGACACAGACGAAAAGGACUUGGGGGACCUGCCACCUCCAUCUGCUCUCAGCCUGCAGACAGUGAGGGUAAAAGUGGAGAAGAGAGCCAGCGUGGAUGGAGUGGCCUGUGCUGGCUCCACCGUUGCAGCAGGAGGUUCGUCCAAACCUGCGGGAGUGUGCACCAGCUCAGCAUGCGUCAGCCCAAAAUCCAGCCCCGUCGGAGAGAACCGCCGAGACAGUCGCAGGGACAGCCGAGACUCCACGACGUCCGGUGGCCCUGUUGACAUGGACCCUCUCACCCAGCUGCUGCCUGGCCUGAGAGGCCCAAGUGGGGCCAAACAGAGCAGCGAGGAUUCAACGACCGCUGGAGGAGGCCCACAACUCCACUCUCCGGCCUCCCAGCCCCCAGCUCAACUCCAGUCCCCCCAGUCACAGCUCCAGUCCCCCCUGUCCCAGCCCCAGUCCCUUUCCCAGUUGCAAUCUCCGUCGCCCCAGCUCCACUCCCCUUCUCCCCAGCUCAAACUGCAGUCCCCCACUCAGCUCCAGCCUGGCGAGACCAGCACUUCUCGCAACGUAAAUGUGAAGAGAGAGCCUCCUGGUACUCCUAAUAGAGGAAUCAGUGAUGGCGGCGCACCCUCCGGCUGCAGCCUCCAGAGUCAGUCAACCUUUGAUUUCUGCAGCCCCCCUACUCCAAGCCAGACCCAGAACCAGGGCCAGGGAGAGUCCUUCCAGACCCCCAAAGACAGCAGCCUCUUCCCAGAGGCAGAAGUUAACAACCCUUUCAGUUCAAGCACUGGCCUAUCCAAGAUGGAUGUGGGAGACUCUCAGUUCCAGCCUCUGUCUCUGUCUCUGUCUGACACCUUGUCCUUUGAUGGUCUUGGAACACCUUUACAAGCUCCCUUGGCAUCACCACAAGAGCAGUGUGUGCCCUGUACGCUGGAUGAAGUGCUGGGCCCUCCGACCACACCCGAGGGCCGGAACGAUGAGAAAGCUCUGUUAGAGCAGCUCGUCUCCUUCCUCAGUGGGACUGAUGAGAGUGAACUGGCUGAGCUGGAUAAGGCCCUGGGUAUUGACAAACUGGUGCAGGGUGGCUGUUUUGACCUAUUGCCACAAACCUUCCCAACACAGCAAUCCACUGCCACCCCAGGUUCCAUGGACCCUAAACUUCCCACGUACCCGUCGCAAUUUACACCAACCCCACAAGCUCAGUUUACUCCAGAGCUGGCCGCGGUGGUGGGGCAACAGGGUCUUGGGUUUGGAGCCCCCCGGGGGGCUUUCCCCGGCGGGACGACAGGCAUAGGGCUGAGGCCGGGCAUGCCGCGACCGCAGGGGAUUGGCACUCAACUCAGACUGCCACCCAACCAACUGAGGCUGCAGCUGCAGCAGAGGCUACAGGGCCCACAGCAGCUCCAGAACAGGAUGGCGGGCAUGAAUUUGUUUCCUGGAGGAGCCCAGCAUGUGAACCUAGGGCUCCGUCAGGGGGUUCAACAACCUCAAAUGCCCUCACAGCAGCCUCCGCUGAAUGCCCAGAUGCUGGCCCAGCGGCAGAGGGAACUCUUCAGCAUCCAGCACCGCCAGCGCCAGCUUUUCCAGCAGAAGGUCAUGCUGAUGAGACAGAACAUGGCAGGUGCUCCGACCGGAGCUGCGGGGCCCACCGGAACAGCCAGAGUCCCAAAAGGUCCACCAUCAACACCUCAACAACAACAACAACAACAACAGCAGCAGUUCAACUUCCCACCAGGGUACAAUCCUUUGACGGGAAAAUCCCCUACCUCAACGAGUCACUUCAGCCCCAUGACCGGGGGCCCUCUGGACAGCAAACUGCCCGUCAGAGUCCCCCUGAAUAACCAGGCGCUGAUGGCCGGCGUGCAGGGCCAGUUCAGCAGCACCGUGAGCUCUACACUGCCGCAGGGCCUGUUUCAGCAGUUCGGAGGGUCUGCUAUCGCCCAGCAAGACCCAUCUUUCCCUGCUGACAUGAGCCCGACAAGCCCAUUGUUGUCACCUCAAAACACCACCUCCCAGAGUCCUUUGCUUCAACAAGCCCCACCCCCUGGCUACCAGUCACCAGAAAUGAAGAGCUGGCAACAGACCGGCAUGGGAAGCAACAGCCUGUUCAGUCAGUCAGGACAGAGUGCAGGACAGGCUUUUGGCCAGCAGGGGGUUUACAACAACAUGAGCAUCACCGUCUCCAUGGCCGGGGGCUCGGGUGGUGUCGGCUCAUUAUCUCCCAUGGGGCAGCCGGUUGGCAUGAGCAACAGUAACCUCAGCAACGUCGGUUCGGUGUGUAGCGACCAGCAGGUGCAGCAGGUUCAGGUGUUCGCGGACGUCCAGUGCACGGUGAACCUGGUCGGUGGGGAAUCCUACCUGAACCAGGGCUCCAUCGGAGCAGCAGCCUCCCAGAAGGGCCCCGGCGUGCCGCAGGGCCCCCAGAACAACCAGGCCCAGCAGAAGAGCCUCCUCCAGCAGCUGCUCACGGAGUGACCCCCCACGGCCCCUUCAGCUCUCCUGUUCUCCACCUCUACUUCUCACUUCUACGC